AUGGUCCUCGAUGCUGCCAUUGAUUUCAGCGAACAAGAUCCAUCUGCUGAAGCAUUCGGAUCUCUCGGUGGACAGGAGUUACCACCGAUGGCUGCAGAUAAUGUUCCCCCUGUCCCCACAGGUGGUCCUAUCGGUACAGCGGUAGUGCUGCCAACUACUCAUGAAGCUCCCACAUUUUGUAUCCCCGUAAUCGACACAGCCCUUAAGUUCAUUCAUGAACUAAAGUCGAACCCACUAGUGAUAGACGAGAAGCUUGACAAAGGCACACAAUGGCGGCUCCAUCAUCCUCUCACUGAACCGAUGGCGUUGACUCCAGAUGAACAGCUUUCAAUCAAGCUGUUCCUUGCAGAUACAGACGGCUCUGAAAAGAUAUACAAUGAGGUGCGAGAGGCAAUUCUGGAGUGGCAUCCAGAGGACAAGAUCCUUACGCAUCACUGUGUCAAGAGGAAGGUUGCAGAAAUCAGCGGCAUCACUCCAAUCCUUGAGGAUAUGUGCCCGAACAGCUGUAUCAGCUAUACCGGCCCAUUCAAAGACCUCGACAUUUGUCCCUACUGUCACAAACACUGCUAUGAUCCUAUUCUUCUCGCUUCAUGUGGAGAUAAAAAGCCACGCCAGCAAUUCAAUACCUUUCCUGUUGGACCCCAGAUCCAGGCACGAUUUCGCUCACCUGAGAGCGUCGCUGACAUGCAGCAUCAGAAGCAAAUCAUGGCAGAUGUUCUUGCAGAGCUUCAGCUGUCCGGAAAGUUGGAUAUCAUCGAGGAUAUUCCUCAUGGGUCAGACUUCUGGGAUGCCUAUCAACAUGGUCAGAUUGCACCAGAUGAUGUCUGCCUGAUUUUCUCCAUGGAUGGAGCACAGCUAUACGAGCACAAGGCAUCCAAUUGCUGGAUUUAUAUCUGGAUUUUGGUUGAUGUCUCUCCAGACAAGCACUAUAAGAAGAAGUAUAUCAUGCCAGGUGCCAUCGUACCGGGUCCUAACAAGCCAAAAAAUUCAGAUUCAUUAUUGUUCCCAGGUUUGCAUCAUGUCACUGCACUUCAAAAUGAAGGUUUGGCAAUUUGGGAUGCUUCUCAGGAUGUCACAUUUAAGUCACAUCCGUGGAUUUUCUUAGCUGAAGCUGAUGCCAUUGGUGCACCUGAAUUAACUGGCUAUGUCGGCCACCACGGCAAAAAGGGAUGCCGGAAUAGAUGUGGGCGCAAGGGUCGCAGAAAGCCGGGAGGUUCACACUACUAUGCCGUGUGUCUUAAGCCUGACAAUUAUAGUGAACAUGGUUGUGACGACGAUGACUAUGAGCCAUCCGAUCUGCCGACUGCAUCACCUGCACAGUACAAGCAAGAUUUACUCUCCAUUCAGGCUUCGACAUCGACAUCUAACUAUGAAGCACGGCGGCUCGAGACUGGACUCUCCAAGUCUAGUAUCUUUUGUGGCUUGGCACCGAGUUGUACCCUUCCCGUUCCCCUUCUAUUCCCUGGAGACAUCAUGCAUCUCUUCGGAAUAAAUAUUCCAGAUCUUCUCCAAAAGCUCUGGCGUGGUCUCAUGGAAUGUGACACAAAGAAUGAGGAUAGCUGUUACAAAGCUCCUCUCUGA